AUGAAGUGUCCCUGCAACCGACCACUCGGGCUGCUUCAUCGGCAUCCCUCCCAGCCUUCCAGAGGCCUCAGACGCGUCGGUCUCACGUCCGGCGAUCCAUUCGAAGCUGCACAACGAGAUCGUAGUGGUGGCGUAUUUCCAGGAGAUGAAGAAGGGCACGGUGCGCGUAUGGGAGGGGACAGCGUGGAGGAUGAGGUCUGGGGCGCCAGUAUAAGCACGCUUGACGAGGAUGCCCGGAAGGGGCACGAAGCGGGUCGGCUGCAGGGGAGUUGA